ACAGUGAACUAGAGUAGACUACAGAGGGGUUAAGUCAACUUGGAGACGAAGGACUGUCAACCAGCCGCCUGUGUUCUGUUGUUUAGUAGAGUGGAGUUUUGCAUGCAGAGGAAAAGUUGAACAAAGGCUUCCAGCAGAGUUAGUUGAUGAUAGCUUGAGUCAAACACUGCUCUGCUACUCUUUUUUUUGCUCAACGUCCAGACAACCAUGGAGCGAGGAUUACCCUGUCGGACAUCACUCUGGGGAAAGAAGUCCCUGUUUUGGUUGUGCUCCGUUUUGUUUUACGUCGCUGGAGGAAAAGGUGACAUGUCCCACGCCCACUCCACUCUGAGUGUUUCGGCCCCCCACCUGCACUACACCUGUCCCGAGGGUGCAACCGUCAAACUGGUGUGUGACCAGAGAGGGGCCGCCUUGCACCCCACCGAUGUCUUGAGGCGCGGCUGGCUUUUCACGCCCCACAGUGAUCGGCACUGCACGGGACGGACGGGCCCGCGCCAUACUACCAUUGGUCAUUCACAUGGCAACCACAGCUUAACGCCAGGGUUGCAAUUUGGAGCUACAGAGCACAACUUCUGGGUGGUUCUGCAGAACGUGAUCCACUCUGACCAGGGUCGCUACUGCUGCAUGCUCCUAGACUUCCAGCUGGAACAGAAACACAACGCCCUCGUGCAGAAACCCCACAGCCACGUUAUUCUCCAUGUUACACCACGGAGGAAUGGCUCUCAAGACUGCACUGUCUGGGAUCCAACACCAGCUGGAGGCUCCGUGCCAGUGGCCCUGGCCAUAGCAGCCUGCAUCUUGGCCCUGCUUUCUCUGCCUCUGAUUCUGAUGCUUGUGUACAAACAGAGGCAGACCGCCCGGUCGAGCAGACGUGCACAAGAGCUGGUGAGGAUGGACAGUGAGGCUCAAUGCCACGAGAACCCUGUGUUUCUUGGGGGAUCGCCGCAGAUUAAGACCCGUACCGUGUCUCAGAUCAUGACCAGGCAAUCAUCGGAGACAGGACGCCACCUGUUGUCUGAGCCAGGAACCCCCCUUUCUCCUCCUGCACACGGGGACGUAUUCUUUCCAAUAGAAGACACCAUCCUGGAGUCUCCAGACUUCAUGCAGGUUUAAAGGGGGUUGGAACCUCGUUCGUUGCUCUAA